AUGGCGCGUGAACGAAAGGCUAAUGAUGUGAAACGAAACUGUCAUGGAGAGGGGUUGCGAGGCAAACACCACAAUGGUGUGGGGACACGGCGAUGCCUUUGCACGAAGAUGGUGGCGACGCCGUUAACGUUUGAAAACGCCAUUCUACACCUGACUGCAACAACAACAACCAAUAAUGUCAGUAACGCUCCCAAUAAACAAUACAAAAACAUCCUCAAUUUCCGCUAUUCUCAAAACAGCACUUCCUCAUUCACUAUCAAACACUCAAGUUUUGUACUUGUGUUCCAUCCAACACCCAGAAACAAAAUUUCAAUUUUUUCAAUGGAAGAGGCACCCCCAUCAAUCCAAGACCUCAUUUUGUCACUUCAACAAGCCACUUUAAUGGCGAAGCAGUUACCAUCAUCAUCCACUGCCAACCCCACCCAUCUCCACCAAAUCCACUCUUCCCUCCACCAGGCCCACCGCCACCUCUCCUCCUUCCUCUCUGCCCUCCAGCUGCCACCAUCUUAUGCCGCUGAGUCCUCUGCCACCGCAGAACCGAUGCAGGUGGAGGACGGUGGCGAUGGUGGGGUGGAUGAUGAAGAGACCACUUCAAAGUGCACCAUUGACUUGGUUGAGGAGAAAAUGAGACAGUGUUUCAUCAAGAACAAACGCCCCAAACGGCCUCUGUCACCGUCUGCAACGGCGGCAGCCAUGGAGGAGAAAGGGGUUGCCGGUGAUGCAUACGUCGAGCGGAUCAGGGACUAUGAUCCUUAUAAUAUGAAGUUGAGGGCAUUGGACCUUUUGUAUCAGUUUCAUGCGUGAUGUGGUGUCAGAUGUGAUAAUGAUGUUGCUAAAUUUUCUUAAUUGUUUUUGUUCUGGCUACAAAAAUUUUUAGUUUUAUUUUGGGAUGAUUGGUUUUGUUGAUGAACAUGUAAUGGAUGAUUUGGGUUGUAUAGUUAGUUCAGUCCAUUAAUUAAUCAUAUUUAAUAUUAGUUAUUUGCA